AUGACGUCCAAAACUGAAAAUCCUCCAUCCUACGAGGAUGCACUACACCAUCCUAAGUAUGGAAACUACCCCCACCAGCCACAGCCUGGCUCCCCUCUUCCACCACCUCCGUCUUACAGCCCCAGUCCGGGCAUGUGCCCCAGUAGCCCGCCUGGCUACUGGGGCCAGGAGGGCGUCUACCCGCAAGCUGGGAUGUGGGCAGCCCCUGGCUUCUCUCCGUCUGGGAUGCCUAACACAAUACCGACUCUGUCUGCUGGAGUGCCUCCAUCCAACCCAGGAGACAUGGAGGAUUUCCUGAGCAGCCAGUGGGAGAGCACAUCUGUUCGACAUGCCUUCAUCAGAAAGGUUUACUUAAUUUUAACAGCACAGCUCGCCGUCACCUUUUCUGUUGUCGGCGUCUUUACAUUUGUUGACCCAGUGAGGCUAUUCGUCAUCAGAUACCCUGGCAUCUACUGGGCAUCUUUUGUGGUUUAUUUUAUGGUUUACUGCAUUCUCGUCUGCUGCAAAGAGCCGAGGAGGCGCUUCCCAUGGAAUCUUGUGCUGCUGGGAAUAUUCACUCUCGCCUUGUCUUACAUGUCUGGAACAAUUUCGAGCUAUUAUGAAACAAAGGCAGUGUUUCUCGCCAUGGGAAUAACCGCAUUAGUUUGCAUAGCUGUCACAAUCUUCUGCUUCCAAACUAAGGUGGACUUCACCUCCUGCGGUGGACUUCUCUGCAUUGCUUCUGUCGUGCUCAUGAUCAUUGGGAUCGUUACGGCUGUCGUCCUCUCCUUCCACUAUGUCCCUUGGCUGCAUAUGCUCUACGCCGCAAUUGGAGCCGUCGUUUACACUCUGUUUUUAGUAUACAACACCCAGCUUCUUAUUGGAAAUCGGGAGUUGGCCAUCAGCCCAGAGGAGUACAUCUACGGAGCUCUCUCUCUGUAUAUUGACAUUGUUCAGAUCUUCCUCUUCAUCCUUCAGGUCAGUGGCAGUGCUACUGACUAA